UUUCAUCUCGGGGUCGGAAUAAAAGGGCUGGAAUAAAAAGGGGCAGAAAAGGCGCCGGCGGGCCCGACACACACCACCAGGAGCCGGGUGGCUGCACAGCCGGGAGCCGGGCCACCGCGCUGAGCCGCGCCAUGGCGCCCACCCUCGCCACUGCCCAUCGGCGCCGAUGGUGGAUGGCCUGCACCGCCGUGGUGGAGAACCUCCUCUUCUCGGCAGUCCUCCUGGGCUGGGGCUCGCUGCUCAUCAUGCUCAAGUCGGAGGGCUUUUACUCCUACCUGUGUACCGAGCCAGAAAAUGUCACCAAUGGCACAGCGGAAGGCACGAACAAGUUGGAGCAGGAGGAGGUGAGCUGGAUGAAUGGCUGGCUCAGCUGCCAGGCCCAGGACGAGAUGCUAAACUUGGCCUUCACCGUGGGUUCUUUCCUGCUCAGUGCCAUCACCCUGCCUCUGGGCAUCGUCAUGGACAAAUACGGCCCAAGGAAUCUCAGGCUACUGGGCAGUGCCUGCUUUGCUGUCUCCUGCUUGAUGAUUGCAUAUGGAGCAAGUAACCCAAAUUCUCUGUCUGUGCUCAUCUUCAUCUCCCUGUCUCUGAAUGGCUUUGGUGGGAUGUGUAUGACUUUCACCUCAUUAACACUGCCCAACAUGUUUGGUGACCUUCGUUCCACGUUUAUUGCCCUGAUGAUUGGAUCUUAUGCCUCCUCAGCAGUCACCUUCCCAGGAAUCAAGGUCAUCUAUGACUUUGGUGUCUCCUUCAUCAUCAUCCUCGUGGUCUGGGCCAGCUGCUCUGGGCUGGUUUUCCUCAACUGCUUCUUUAACUGGCCUCUGGAGCCCUUCCCUGGGCCAGAGGACAUGGAUUAUUCGGUGAAGAUCAAGUUCAGCUGGCUGGGCUUCGACCACAAGAUCACAGGGAAGCAGUUCUAUAAGCAGGUGACCACGGUGGGGCGCCGCCUCAGCGUGGGCAGCUCCAUGAGGAACACCAAGGAGCAGGCAGCGCUGCAGGAGGGCCACAAGCUAUGCCUGUCCACUGUCGACCUGGAGGUCAAGUGCCAGCCAGAUGCUGCAGCGGCCCCCUCAUUCAUGCACAGCGUGUUCAGCCCCAUCCUGCUCCUCAGCCUCGUCACCAUGUGCAUCACACAGCUGCGGCUCAUCUUCUACAUGGGCGCCAUGAACAACAUCCUCAAGUUCCUGGCCGGCGGCGAUCAGGACGUAGUUGGCCUCUACACCUCCAUCUUCGGUGUGCUACAGCUGCUCUGCCUGCUGACAGCCCCUAUCAUCGGCUACAUCAUGGACUGGAGGCUGAAGGAGUGUGAAGAUGCUUCGGAGGAGCCUGAGGAGAAGGAAUCCAACCAGGGCCAGGAGAAGAAGAAGAAGCGGGACCGGCAGAUCCAGAAGAUCACAAAUGCCAUGAGGGCCUUUGCCUUCACAAACCUGCUGCUUGUGGGCUUUGGGGUGACCUGCCUCAUCCCCAACCUGCCUCUACAGAUCCUUUCCUUCAUCCUGCACACAGUUGUGCGAGGAUUCAUCCACUCUGCCAUUGGAGGCCUGUAUGCUGCCGUGUACCCCUCCACCCAGUUUGGCAGCCUCACGGGACUGCAGUCUCUGGUCAGUGCACUCUUCGCUCUCCUGCAACAGCCCCUGUUUCUGGCCAUGAUGGGCCCCCUCCAAGGAGACCCUCUGUGGGUGAAUGUGGGGCUGCUUGGUGUGAGCAUGCUGGGGUUCUGCCUCCCCCUCUACCUCAUCUGCUACCGGCGCCAGCUGGAGAGGCAGCUGCAGCAGAAGAGGGAAGAUGACAAGCUUUUCCUCAAGCUCAACGGUUCAUCUAACCAGGAGGCUUUUGUGUAGCACCCAUCACCUCAAAACUGUGGCCUCUUGCCCUUGCUUCGGUGACUGACUGAUGUCCUCCUCCCCAAUCCAGAGGACCCCCAUGCACCCCCAGGUUCUUCUCCUUCACCAUGUUGGAGUCCAUGCUCCCUCUCAGGGUCAUGGUCCGGCCUUGGAGCUCUGUGGUAGAAGGACAGGAGAGGGCCCGGACAGGUGGUUUUCCCACUCUGCCACCCUCAAGGGGCCCUGGAGCCUUAAGGCUCCAUGAUUCCUAUAGGAAGAGCCAGGAGGACCCCCGGCAGGCAGGCUCUCCCCGUUAAGUGUCUGGAUUCUGCCAUCCACUGCCCACCACCUGCCCUUUAGCUGCAUGCCCACCAACCACACCUGCCUGAAGACAAAGGCUUGCACUGUCUGCACCCCCUCGCCUGGCCCCUCACCUCCUCCCCUGGCCAGUCUGAGGCGGCCUGAGGAAGGAAGGACCCGCUUCCUGUUGUUGGUGCUAACUCCUUUGUAAUCCCAGCCCCCUGUGGCCUGCUCAUGGCCUGUCCUCCCAUUAAGCCUGUGGAGAGCCCCCCAGCUUAAAGUCUGAGGAGAGGAUGUAGGACUGGAUGGUCACACACACAGCUCAAGAGCUGUGGACAGGAAUGACCAAGGGGGGAGACAGUUUCAACUACUACCCUCCAUCAGUCUGUGACCUGAAGGGCAUUAAAGGGCACCACCAGGGCAUCCCCUCACACACAGAUGUUUAUGUGGGGAUGAAAGUGAGGUUGUGACUGACAGCUGUGGAGAUCCAGGGUAGUGAGGUAGAUUUUGUGAGGGGCCUAGGUAUAUGUGUACAUGUGGGAUAGGUGUAUAGGUGUGCUGUGUGAGGUGGGGGCUUUGGGUAGGGUUUAGGCUCUGGGUGUUUUCUUACCCUUGAGAAGCCAGCCAGACCUACAGUAGCCAGUGCCCAGGAGCCAGCCUCCUCAGGGCAGGGAGUUUGUCCCAGGCCACAGAGCCAUAUCGCCCUCUGCUGGCAGAUUCCUCCAGCACCCAGGCACUGUUUACUUGGGAGAGGUUGCCUGCCCUUCCUCUGCAAGGUGGGCCUGGCUCACCAACCCGCCCCACAAAUGUGUCUGAGACUUCCCAGGAGGAGUGGGUUGAUUUUUAGUUUUAUGGUUUUCUUUUAAGUCUUAUCGGCCUCUUUUUUAUAAAGCAAUAAAUCCAUUUUCCCCCUGGUAGGGGUUACCCUUUCUAGUUUAUCAGUUAACAGCUACAUGUGCCUGUUUGGAGGUGAAAAAACAAGAUUUUCUGCCACUGACCAGCCCAGGUUGUACCCAGCUGCUCCCCAUCUCUCUGGAUGAUUGAUGUUGUGGGAGGGACAGUGGACCAGAAAAAGAUCUUACUUUCCCAUGUCACCCCCAAACAAAUUGAGCCUGCGCAACAGCUUGGAAUUAUGGGCUGCCCUCUCCCCGGCUGCCUAUCCUUGCAAACAGACUAACCUCCCUCCCCCUCCAUCCCCUACUAAGAUUUCCUGUCACUAGUCCCCGACCCUGAGGGUUCCUCCAGAAUUCAGCACACAAGGUGACCCAGGAGAGCCUCAGGCCAACAGGAUGGAUGUAGGUGGGGAAGAGGAGGAGGAGGGGAGGGGAGGCAGAACAGGAAGGGGCAGACCCAGGCCCAAUUCCAGUUCUACAUUAACAGCUGAGCACCUUGCACACACCUAAUCUUCCUAGGCUUUAGCUCACUCAACUAUUAAAAAACAAAAUAUUUGUUUUAAAGCAUGCUCAUGAACUUUGCAGCUCUCCAGGAGAGGGUGUGUAGUCUUGGAGGCAUGUUGCUGCUGAGGAAUGGUUCACAAAGAGCCCUCUCUGUGCCACCAAGUGACCAACUGCCUCAGGAGCUCCUGGGGUGCUUGUUAAAAGUGGAGACUACAAGUCUUGUCUCUGAGAAGGAAGCUGGGGUCUUCAUCUUGCUUACUUUCCACCUGGUGAUUCUGGUGCCCCCCCAAAGUUUGAGGCCCAGUGACAAAGAGAAAACACAGUUUGAGAAAACAACUGGCCAAGGGCCUUCUACCUGGAGAAACGCCUCAGGGUUGUAUACUCAGGGCAGCCAAAGUGGGGGCUGCUGCUUCUCCCCACUCACCCACAGGGUGUGGGCACUUUGUGGAAGGAGCAGGCAUUGAUAAAUUAGAAUUUAGGGUCAACAGUGUGAGGAUUAAAAGCAUGAGAAUGGGAGCAGGGUGCCAGGUGGGUUGGGUACCACCUGUACCCCCACUUUCAUCAAGGGCCAGUCAUUCUGCUCUAGCUGUACAAAGUUGGCAGGUUACUUAUUUUCCUGUUGUUUUCACCAAAUCAUGGUUAACAGCCCAGGAAUUAAGUAAAUACUAUCAACCCUAUUUUAUAGCUGGAAAAAUGGAGGCCCGGGGAAGUAGAGUAAUUUACUCCAGCUAUAGCCAGGACUCAUUUUGUCUUUUUUAUUUAUGCAUACAAGAACUGGGCUGUAAGCUAGAGGUGGGGGGCAGUGAGAGGAUUCACCAGAGACUGGGGAACAGAACAGGCAAAUCUGAAAUACACUGCUGAGGGGAGCAGCAGGAGAGACAGGAGAGGUCUGCUGUACCAUGUGGGUCAGCUCCCUGGCCAGGGAUUGAACUUAUGCUGCAAUGGCUGGUGAUAGCUUGAUCAUUCUGAGACUUAACCCCUGCACCACCAGGGAGGCCCCACAUAUUUACUUUAAGCACUGGAGCUGCCAAGGGCAGUCAGCAUCAAUAGCCCUUGAAAGGGAAGCAAACCCAGACAUGAUCUCUAGUUCUUGGGAGUCAAGAGCUCCCUCCUAGAGUGGGGUAAGCUCUAGGUACAGUCAUCUUGGCCCUGGAGGCUAAUAGUUUUUUGAGGGAGUAAUUUUCUGGUCACCCCAAACCCUGAGAGGAGUGUCCUAGGAGAGUGCAGGGACCAUGGGCCAGUAAAAGGCAGUGGGCACCAAGCAGCUCCAGUCCUGCUUGUCCCUCAGGCUCCUGGUAGGAAUGCACAGGAAGUGGAGCCUGGCCCUGUAGUUUCAAAAGUGAGGAAGGGGGCCCUUCUCUUAGGUGUUCUUUGUAGUUGACUUCCUGCAAACCGUCCCAGCCUCAGCUUGCUGCUCCUGCCACUUGGGCCUGUGCUAGGGAAGGUUCCAACCCUCAAAAAAGGUCAAAGUUCUGACUGCAGGUGCUUAUGUGUUGUGUUUUAACUCCAUCUCCUUACCCAAAGUACCUAAAGUCAGCCUGAUCAAAAGAACUACUCAAGCCCUGGUCAUGGCCCUGGGCAGUGCAAUCUGAGCAGGGCCUCACCUUACCCUAGGCCCCCAGGACACUGAAAAUGGGGGGACAUCCAGGAUUAUUGUGCAGGAGCAUCUCAAUAGCAUGAACACAUUUGGUCCAGUGGCGUUUUUGAUGCACUUGCACAUCAGCAUCUAUAAAUUUGAACAGAUUUGCAACUGGAGUGAGUGUUGGGGUGAGGACAAACUGUCCUCUCAACAGGGCCAGACUGCAGGGGUCCUGUAAGCACCAGUUCUCUCCUCUGGUUCUCAUGGGCCCUUGGGGCAGUGAGGUGCCUCUUCCAAUUAUCAGGGACCCAGCUCAAGGUGCUAGUCUAUUUUCCCCAAAUACAGAUGGUAGGAUUAGAAGUCCAGGAACCCCCCUGAGUGAGGGAGUUAGUUUUCCACAGACCUCUGCUCUCUCCUGGGGUGGGCAUGGGGGUGUCAAGGUGAGCAGGCAGGCUUCUGUGAGCCUGUUCCCCCUGCCCCUUGGCCCUAGUCCUCCCCAGCCCUUGAGUGCGAAAGGAGGUGUAGCAUCCUCCCUGUGGGGGCCUUGCCACACAAUUCAGCCACUCUCUGCCCCACCUGUAAACUAGUUAUUCUCAGCCUUUGGGCAAGACUGGACUGGUCAGCCCCUCAGAGUGAGGUUCCGCCCAUCUGUGCCAAGGAGGGAACAAAAGGAAGAAAAGUUAACACCUUCACCACAUCCAUCUCAGUGACCUUAGGCAAGUUUUGAGCCUCAGUUUUCUCAUCUAUAAAAUGGAGGUAAUAAUACCCUGACUGUGAGGCCAAGUGAGCAUGUACAACACUUGUACCUGGCACUGAAUAGGCACCUAACAAGGGAAUGGCACUCUUUUAGUGACCCCGGAGGGGCGCAGUUGACACAGGGGACACCUGCUUCAGGCAGCUCUGAUCAGAACAGGCUCGUGGCCAAGUAAAGGAAGCGAGACCUGGUUUCUCUGAUUCCUACACCUUUCAAACUCCUCUCAAAACAAAACCCUUAAAAAGUUGUCCCCUUGUUCAGUUACCUUAUACGCCUUUCACUUUUUGGUAAGAAAUUUAGCCCCCAAACUCAAGAUAAUCUGAUAGUGGAUGCACAGGCACCUGGCAGACUGACAUAGAGCCGGGCGAGUCGGACCAUGGGUAGUACACCGCGCCUCCGCACCACCUCCCCCUACAACCAUGUGGCCGUGCCUCUGGAGGGGUGUGUCUGUGUCUGUGUCUGAGAUGAAGUGUGAGAUGUGAAUUUGUUCAGAGGAAUGUGGAGGAGCUUGUCUGUGUGCCUCUCUACCUGGAUGGAGGAGAGAGAGGGUAAGGGUCUUGCCUUAUUGAACCCCUUUCCACUGCUGGAAAGAUCUGGGCAGGCCCAUCCAAAGACCCAACCCUGGCCCCCAGAGUGCCUGAGGGUUAUCUGUUCCCUGUGUUAACCAGGGUCAAUACACAUCACUGCAUCACUGACAACUCAGCAGCUGACCCUGACUCCUCCGCCCCCUCGCUGUUUGCAGCACCUGGCUUACUUCCUGCGGCACAGUAAGCACUCAAUAAACGUAUGCAGAGAAUGACUAAGAACUGCUUCCUCCUUGGCUCCUGUGUCUA